GAAUGAUAGAGUUAAGGAUGACGAAUCGAAUGAUAUAAAUUUCAUAAAAUUUAAUUGAAAUUUGUGAACAGAAACAGAAAAAUAAUAUCAUUUUUUUAUUUUUGCUUGUUUUUUGCUGGUGCGUUCGCUUUAAGGACAUUUUCUUGCUGGACGUUCACUUUAGAAACAUUGCACAUAAAGCGAACGUUUUUAAUUUUCCAUUUUCUACCGCUGAUUACUCAACAAUACUUAUAGCUACAAAAAAAAUUUUAUAUGAGCAGAUGCAGAAUUUUGUUUUCUUUCUCGUGAUAUAAAAAUAAUUAUUUUAUGAUGAAAAAUGAUAGAGAUAUCACACUCACAAUGAAGACCUAUGAAAUGCCCGUUCGCUUUAGGUACAUUGACUCUAAUUACGUCAUCGUAUAGUAUAAACAUUAGUUCGCUAGUUUGAAACAGUCUAUAUGUAUACUAUAUGAAGAACGAAAAAACAUUGCUAUGGUUACGUCAUAUAGUGACUAUUGCAUAGUACUAAAUGUAAUUGCACAAUGUCACGAGGUAUUCAACAUAAACUUAGUCGAGACAGAGUUUACUUUUACAGUUUUUCUGCAAAAAUAAAUUCUGUCAUUGUCAGUAGUCUUUCUUUAUGACAUCGUCAAGUACAACAAAUUUUCACUCCUGUUAAAAAGAAAUUUUAUAUUUCAAAACACAGUCGCUCAUUCACAUAUGAAAAAAAAUCGGUUGAUAGAACAAAGUUGAUUCGAAAAUUCUGCGGUGGGCAAUCAAGAAAAUAUUGAUAGAUAAAAAUCGAAAAAAUUUUUAAAGUUCAUUUGAGGACAACAUAUUUUUCAAGCAGAAAAUGACGACAAUAUUUUGAGAAAAUUAUCGUUUAUCGUAUUGUAUUGUCUAUAGAUCGAGGCAUUUGAAUAGUUUCGAGGCCUAGUGAUGCGGCAGAGAGAAGAAUUAAAAAUCUAUUAUACACUAUAUAAUUGCUUGUUUGGAUCAUCUACGUUCUAUGUGUUUAUUCGAAUAGUGAUCACCACGUGAACAUCAGCUAGACAAAAAUAAGUAGUUAUUUCGAUACCUAAGAGAAACUGAGAGAGAGAGAAAGAGAGAGAAUAAUAGAUGAAGCAGGCUAUCUAUAAAAGACGAUGAAAAUCAAAAGACUAUUCAUAAUAUUAAAAUGUCCAGUAACGACAACGUAAGUGUUGUAUUAAUUUUUAUUUAUGUUGUCCUCUGAGAAACCAACUAGUGAGUUUCGGAAUUUUUAAGAUUCUUCUGUUGUUUAAUUUAAGAGAGCGUCCAAGACAGCACCAAGGUAUCGAAGCUUUCGUUAAAAUUAAAAGUUUUUAUUUCCUUUGUGCAUUCGAAAGUACAAUGUGUAAAACUAGUAAACCCAAACUUUCAGCUCAUUUGGAUUUUUUACAGUAAAGUUAGCCUUGAUCCACUUCUAGCACCGCCACUAGCUAUUAAGAAAAAAGUUAUGAAUUUUCUCAUAAAUAUCUACUAAAAUUAUACUACCAGAUGGGAGAGAUUUUUUUCAUGCAAUAUGCCAAACGAUAGAACAUACACAGAUGAAAAAAUAGCUCUUUUAAAUAUUCUAUAUCGCUCAUAUACUCGACUAACAUGAGUGAAAAAGGUACAAAUUUACUAGUCGAUGGCGUCCAACUUUUGGAAGUAUAUCUGCUGCUAUUUACUAAAAUCAAGAGAUCUCACGCUGGAUUUCUUAUAUCAUAUGUAAUUUUUUUUAUUUACAAAAUGGUAACAAAAUAGGAAAAGAAAGUCUAGAAUGCGUACAGAAAGUAGCAAACACCGUCAGUAGCAAGGUAAACAACCUCAAGAGAAACGAUCUCGGGCAUCUUUCGACGUCUUUGAAUCAUGAAAAUUUUCACUUUGCAGAAACCGAAACAUUACUAUAAAAAAUCCAAAUGAGCUGAAAAUUUGGGUUUAGUAAUUUAAGACAUUGUACUUUUGAAUGCACAAGAAAAAUAGAAACUUUUCAUUGUAAAGAAUGCUUUCAUUCCUUGGUACUGUCAUGGACGCUCUCUUAAAAAUUUCGCCGCGAAAAAAACAUUAAAUUGCUGGGCAUUUCUUUAUGAAUCGCAAUUUUAAUUGAUUUUCCAUACAGAGAACACUUGAGAUAUGUAUUUGCGUUAGGCCUUUAUGAAUUAGAACACAUUUUCUCUACGAUAGCAGCUUGUCAGAGAUAGAUGAUCCCAGUAGAUGAUAGUGACAGUUAUGGAACUCAGGAAUGCACUGACGCAGUCGGUUUGAUUGACCAGUCACCAGCAAAAGAAAAACAAUAUAUAUUUCAGAGGAAGAGAAGUCAAAACAAAAGAGUACGAGAAAAAGCAUGGCAAUUUAAAAAGACGAAGUAUGGACUCUCUAGGGCAUUUUCUUGCUAAAACACUAAGCACAACACUAAAAUAUGUUUUUCUCUUUUAGUUAGUUCCGGGAGUAACCCACGAAAAAAGACUAGAGUUGAUGGUGAAAGACGUCAUCUCGCCAGUAAAAACCGAGCUUGGCAUGGUGAAAACCAAGCUCGGUUCUGUCGAAAUCGAGCUUGGCUCAGUGACAGCUGAGCUUAGCUCGUUAAAUACCACGUGGGCAACUUCCUUGAAGAGGUUGAACUCAGUGCUCAAUUUGGGCACCAAGUAACUUUACCGCUUGGCUUAAGCGGAUCCGACCUCUCAUGUCGAAAUCCGUAUCAUUUAGCGGUGAGCUUAGUGAAGGUGGAAAAAUAAAAGCAUUGAUCAUGUUCGGGCAAACCCUACUUCAUGGUUUCCCAUGUGUUCGAUUGCGGUCAAACUGCGAGGCAGUUGCGCAUAACUGCGUCGCAAUUUCUAAAAGCGAUGAUAUAGAUAAGGUUUUCAUUUUAUUAAUAUUUUUAUUGAGAAUUAAACAAAUUUCUUUAAACACAAAAAAAUAAAAAGCUUUACAAAGCUGCAAAAUUGAAAAUUCUUAUAAAAAACUAAAAACAUGAAUUUUAAAAAAAUUACUGAUAAAAAAUUUACAAAAAUUAUAAAAAACUACAAAAAAUUAUAAAAAUUAAGAAAAAAAAAAAUAAUAAAAAUCUAAAAAAAAGUAAAAAAAUUUGAAAAAAUUUAAAAAUUUAAAAAAUUAGAAAUAUUUAAAAAAAAUAGAGAAAUACAAAAAUUAAAAUAUUAAUAAAAAUUGAAAGUUAAAAAAAAUAAAAAAUAGAAAAAUAGAAAGCUUUGAGAAAAAUUAAAGGAGUUAGAAAAAAAAAUUGAAAAAUUAUUUGUGAAAUAUAUAUUCUACCUUUUUUGUAGUAGAAUGAGUUAUGAGCCGAAAUGUCGUGGACACUGCUUUUUAUAUUUAUACGAUCUUUCUCUGGCUAAGUUUUACUGCUGGAGUGUGACCAAUUAUAAAUAAGGAGCAAUCACUUAUCAUUGGUCGGUGCCAGUUACAGUGGAUUGUACGAUGCAAUUACUGCGACGUAGUUACGUUGGUCUGCGUCGCAGUAACCGCAGUUUCUGAUACAGAUUUUCACUUCGAUCAAUGCGCCGCACUUACGCGCAACUGCGACGCAGUUGGUAAAAAAGAGGCGACAUGAGUUGCUUGAAGAACGAUCAAUGCGACAAAUACAGAGGAGAUUUAUUUUUAUAUAAUUCAAUUUGUUUUUAGCUUCGUCAAAAAUUAGAACGUAAAAUUCGUCGUCUCGAAGGUGAAGUUCAAGAACUUCGUGAACAAUUACACGAUCGUAUGCAACAAAUUCAUUUAGCACGACGUGAAGACCCAGGUGAAACAAUCCUAUUGUAUGAUCUUAUACGAUUCUUACAAGAUGAUAUAAGAACGUACGUCUGA